AUUAUCAUCCUCAUCACUGUCUGACAGGAGGUGCACCUCUGAUUUAUUUUCAUCAAGGAAGCUUUUCUCCAAUGGCGAUGGCUGGUGGGAUCGUGAUGAUUGUUCUGAGCAUGCUCAGUGUGGCUGUUGUUUGUUGGGUCUUGCUGCGCUAUCGGCGCAAAUUAUCUCGAAAAACUGAGCGUCAAACCUUGGCUGCUGAAGAUCCCCUCAGCAAAAUGGAGAAAGGACCUGGAUAUGAAUCCGACACUAUUGAACACUUGUUAAAGAAAGGCUUAAAGAAACAACGAAGAAGUUCCCAAGGAUAUCCUGAGCGGGCCAUUGUAAAUACAGAUGAUUCGGAUGUAGUGGAGGAAGUAGAUUAUCUGAGGAAGAAGAUGAUAAAACAACGAAGAAGUUCCCAGGGAUAUCCUGAAAACGUAAAAUCUGAUGAUUCGCUUAUGACGGAAGAAGAAGAUUGUUUGAAGAAGGGAAUGGAGAAACAAAGAAGCAUGAGUCAAGGAUUUGCUCUGGGGGCCGUAUCCAGUGACGAGGACUAGAAUUGAGAUUUGCCUUUGAGGAGAACAAUGUGAUAAAUGAGUUUUAUACUUUCAAAUGAAAACACUGUGAAAGUUUAAUCACCACCGACUAACUUUUCCCUUUAUUUAUUAACAAAGCAAAGAAGUACCUUUCUUCACAAUGCUUUAAUCAGUUAUGUCUCAAAUGUUUCAUCCGCUUUACAGUUUGAGUUUCUUUGAGGUCUCGCACUUUCAUGAGAGACAUUUUUCACAUUUUGCUUCAACUUAAAAAAGUAAUUUUAUCAGAAAAAAAAGUUUUUUUUUAAUGUAAACGCUGAAAUUUUAUUCCAUCAAAAAUUGUCAUCACCUAUUCUUUAUUUCCCAAGAUAGACUUUCAAAACCAAGAAAUACUUCACAAUGAUUUGAUCAGCUAUAUUUCCCAUGUUUCCUCCGUUUUACAGUUUGUGUUUCCUAAAGGUCUCACACGUUCAAAAGACAGUUUCAUAUUUCGAUUGUAACUUAAAAAAAAUCCAUGAGGAAAAAAAGAAUAAAGUUUUGUGUUUUAUGAA